AUGUACCUGGACGAUUGGUUAAUUCAUUCGCCUACCAAGGAGGGUGUCUUGAACGGCGUCUCAGUGACGCUGAAAGUGUUGGGAGACAUGGGUUUCCAGGUGAACUGGGACAAAUCUGCCUUCACUUCCGAGCAGAAGCUUUGUUGUGGGGAGGGCCUUCUGGGUUGCCUCAACUUCGCGGCCCCGACCCUUCCCCUCGGCUGCCUAAAGCUACGGCGUUUGACGUGGGAGGUCAACAGAGCCAUUCCCAUCCUACCUCGUGACCUCCCCAGACCAGUUACUCCUACACUUCACAGCCUGUUGCGUUCUUGGCUCCAGUCUGGGGCCCUUCGCGAGUCCAUUCCUUGGUUCCCAGCCCCACCUCAGUUAACAGUAGCGACGGACGCCUCAGACGUAGGAUCGGGUUUCCAGUCCAGCUGGAGGCAUCAGGCUUGCGGGGGAUGGUCGGAGGAGAACAGGUUCCUCCACAUCAAUCUUCGGGAGCUUUUUGUGGUGCAGGAAUGGCUCUUCAGGCACCACGAGAUCCGGGGCUUGAGCGUCCGCUUCGAUAUGGACAACGUGACGGCCGUGCACUACAUACAGCGGCAGGGUACGGCUCGGUCCCGUCAGCUCCUGGCUCUGUCAGAGGACAUUUUCGCCGAGGCUUCACUCAGGCAGCUGUCACUCUCAGCGAAGUUUGUCCCGGGCCGGGAGAACACCUGGGCGGACGCUCUGUCCAGGUUCCGGGGAUCGUCGGUCGAGUGGCGUCUCCGCCUCGGAUGUUCGACUCCUCACACCCGCUACAGAACCCCACAAGUGGACCUCUUCGCCUCCUCGGACACAGCCCAGCUUCCCCUCUACCUCACCUACAACCGGAGGACACGCACCGGCGGCCCAGAUGCCUUCACAGAGGACUGGAACCAGUGGGACUUCUUCUUCUGA